AUGUCGAUGAUUUCGAAAACGAUGCUUCUAUUUAUCUUUCUUCAAUUCAUUCCAAAUAUCCAGGGGCAAAAUACUUGUCGCUUCGCAGAAUUGUUUACAAUCGAUAAUCUUGUAAACAAUCGAAAUGAUGCGAUUCAUCGUUUCAAAAUGCACAUGUGCUUAUGGGAAGGAAAAUUCGGGUAUGGUGUUGGCUACAAUCAUGGAACAGGCAUUACUUUUGAUGGUCAUAAAAUUGAUUAUACAACAGGUGAUUUACAUGACAAUUUGCAGUACUGGACGGCUGCAUCGAAAGAAGCUUUGCAUGUGAAUAUACUUUCGUUGUAUUUGAUGGACAAUGUUUAUGCGAGACAGUUUUUUCGAAACGCCACGCAAGAUGAGAUUGUGAAUAUUUUAGAGAAGAAAAUUGAUUCGUAUGAUGAUUUUCAUCGACGUUAUCCAGGCUUUGGGGGAUUUUUACCUUGGUUUGCUGCGAAUGGUUCGGCGAUGAAUCUACUCAAUGGUUGGGAGAGUAAAGUUCCAGGACUUGACAAUGGACAGCUGGUUUGGAGUAUUAAGAUUUUGAUUGAAACAUUAAAAAACAAAAAAUUAUUUGCAUUAGCGGAUAAAUAUCAACGACGAAUCGAUCUGAUGACACAAACAGCCAUUCCGGUGUUUUAUGAAGCUGAAAGAGGAGGUAUUCGAUGCGAAUCUGGUAUUAUUGAUAUGUUCAACGAAAGUCAAAUUACAAAUCCAAGCAAUUACGUGACAAGAGGCACUUGUUUACUUGAUGAUCCGUAUGAAGGUGAAUUGAUGACGUAUUUUAUGGAUUUAUAUGCUCCUUGGACAUUGUAUAAUUAUACAAUGGAAGAACGAAAUCGUUUAUGGGCAUAUAAACGUGCUCGUCUUAUUCGCGAUGAAUACAACACGACGUCAUCGCCAACUCAAGUCACUGUUCAACGUGGUUUUUGGUUUUCAAGUCACGAACAAUGGAAAUACUUCUAUUUACCCUAUCAAGACAUCGAUCUGCAACGACGUCUGUUCAUCAACGGAGAAAAAGUACGUGUCUAUCAUUCAGCACAAAACCGUAUUCCAGGUCUUUAUGCAAGUGUUGCCUCAGAUGCAAAACUGAACACCUAUCAAGUGGAUUAUUUAAGUGCAUGUGGUAUUCAACAGAUCGCAUUUCAACCUAUUGAACAUACAUCAGUAAUCACACCUUAUGCCAGCUUUCCGGUUAUUAUGGCGAAUGAAUCGAUUGGUCUGGCUUGGUAUUUGAAUAUGUUGCAAGGACCAGCUAUGCAGAACUUGUAUGGAAGUACAGAAGCAACGAAUAUCAAUGGUGCGACAAUCUCACCUGUUAUUACAUGGGAUUCCAAGAUAACAACGGUCGUUGCUAUGUUAAGUGCUGAUUUGAUCAAUGUAGCUCGUGAUAUUUUAAAACGGGAUCAGACCUAUCAGCGAUUUUUCAAUAUCACAGAAUUUGAAUGGUCAAGAGUAUUCGGAUCAAAACCAUUGUUAGGAGAAGACCUGCAAUGGUCAUUACCUUCAGUCCAAAUUCCACGUCCAGUUGGUGGUGUUGCAGAUUUUACUCAAUGUAAUAAUAUGUUAACAACAACAACGACAACAACAACGACAACAACGACAACGACGACGAUGACGACGUCACCAUCGCAUGCAUUGUCGAUGUUUGACAAACCUUGUUACAUCAUGGGUGUCAUUUUACUAUUUAUUCUCCCCGUUCUCGUAUUGAAUUAG